AUGUUCUACCCCAAUUGCAACACAUGCCUUCGGGCCUUCCUUGUCGCAUUCUUCGCUCUCGGACAGGUCAAUGCCGCACCUACAAACCAACUCCCUUCUGUAUCACCCCCUCCCCAAGAUAUAACAUUACACGGCAAGGGGAUCUCGCUCCACAACGACGUCACCAUCGUGACUGGAAAUGUCACGGAUAAAGCGACAAUUGAUGCCGUCAAGGCAGUUGUGUCUUCUGCCGGCGGCAAAGCGACUGUUUCGUCCCAUUCCACCAACCAUGGCACCCAGAUCGUCAUUGGCACCGAGUCAGACAAUAGUCUUGCUGCCGUGAUUGCAAAGAGGCUCACCGGGGACUCUGCAAAAGGUCUUGACGCCGAUGGCUACGUUAUCGCGUCUGGUCAAUACAAAAACCAACCUAGCAUUGUUCUCAAUGGCGUUGACAAACGCGGAACAUUCUACGCGUCACAGACCCUCCGCCAACUGAUUGACGGCCAUGAUAUCCCCGCCGUGCAAGUGCGAGACUGGCCGCUCAUGUCCAUUCGUGGCUCGAUUGAAGGCUUCUACGGUGUUCCCUGGUCCCACGAGGCUCGUCUCGAUCAAUUGGUCUUCUACGGCAAGCACAAAAUCAACACCUACAUCUACACCCCUAAGGAUGAUCCACUGCUGCGCGCAAAGUGGCGCACCCUCUAUGAGGGCGACGACCUUGAUCAAUUGAAGGAACUUAUCGAAACGGCCAAUGACAACCACGUCGACUUUACCUUUGCCCUUUCGCCUGGUAAAGAUCUCUGUUACUCCUCUGACUCGGACUACAAUGCAACCAUUGCCAAAUUUGACCAGGCGCGCCAGCUUGGUGUUAGCAGCUUUUACAUUGCCUUCGAUGACAUCCCUACCGAUGGCUUCCACUGUGAUUCCGACCAGCAAAAAUGGAACAAAACAGGGAACUCGGGUGACGAAUUUCUCUGGCUGGCCGACUCGCAGGCAUACUACCUGAACCGUAUCCAGAAGGACUACAUCACGACACAUGGCCUGAAGGAUCUCGAAACAGUUCCAACCAACUACGCCGGCAGCGCACCGAACCCUUACAAGGAAGAAUUUGGCACCCAACUAAACAAGAACAUCAGCAUCCAGUGGACAGGCGAAGGAGUCUUCAGCGACCAAAUCAACGACACAAGCGUCCAACAAGCCGACAAAACCUACGUCACAGAUAAAAUGUUCCUAUGGGACAACUUCCCCGUAAACGACGGAAAUCGAAACCGCCUGUUCCUCAACCCAUUAACCGGCCGUGCCGCAAAUCUAUACAAAUACCUCCUAGGCUUCACCUCGAACCCAAUGGAGCAACCAUACGCCUCCAUGCCCGCCCUCGCCAACUACGGAGACUACACCUGGAACGGACCCAAAUACGACGCAACAAAAUCAAUGUCAACAAUCCUCCGCGAACUCGCCGGCCCAGAUGCAAGCGUCAACGAAGCCGUUAUCGCAUUCGCAGACAUCAAUCAGAACUGGCCAUACCGCACCCCGGAGGUCCACGCCCCAGAGCUAAGCAGCGACAUCGCCGCGUUCUGGAAAUCAUACAACAGCAAAGCGAAGAGUGGUGAAUCGGCGCUGAAGAAACGUCUCGCUCUCCUCGCUACCCUGCCCGAUAUCCUUCCAAAGAUGGAUAUGAAGGGCUUCGCCUCGGACGUGGCGCCGUGGUCGACUGUUGCAAUGCAGUGGGCCAAGGCCUCGCAGCACUUGAUCACCAUGCUAGAUGCCGUGAAAAGCGGAGACAAAAAGAAGGCGGAUAGUGAGUUCAAGGCUGCGCAAGAAUGGGUCAAGAAGACCAAGACCAAGACUGUUGAUGAUCGGAACGAUGAUGGCGAGGACCUUCCCAACUCCAUCACUCCCAUCACCGGUGAUGGGGCCUUUGAUACUUUCUUGGCCAAUGCUACGACCGUUUAUAAGGGUCAAUAG